AAAAAGAAGAAGGAAAAAGCAUGUCAGGACGCAAAUGUUAUCCCUGGGACUUACAUGAUCGACACACUCAAGAUAAGUCAGUUGUAAACAAAAUGCAGCGCAAGUACUGGGAGACGAAACAGGCAUUUAUUAAAGCCACGGGGAAGAAGGAAGAUGAGUAUGUGGUUGCCUCGGACGCCGACCUGGAUGCCAAACUAGAGCUGUUUCACUCAAUUCAGAGAACCUGUUUGGACUUGUCUAAAGCAAUUGUACUUUAUCAAAAGAGGAUAUGCUUCUUGUCUCAAGAAGAAAACGAACUGGGGAAAUUUCUUCGAUCCCAAGGCUUCCAAGAUAAAACCAGAGCAGGAAAAAUGAUGCAAGCAACAGGGAAGGCCCUCUGCUUUUCUUCCCAGCAAAGAUUGGCCUUGAGAAAUCCUUUGUGUCGCUUUCACCAAGAAGUGGAGACGUUUCGGCACCGGGCCAUCUCGGACACUUGGCUGACAGUGAACCGCAUGGAGCAGUGCCGGACGGAGUACAGAGGGGCGUUAUUGUGGAUGAAGGAUGUGUCGCCGGAGCUGGAUCCAGACCUCUACAAGCAAAUGGAGAAGUUCAGGAAGGUACAAACACAAGUACGCCUUGCCAAGAAAAACUUUGACAAAUUGAAGAUGGAUGUGUGUCAAAAAGUGGAUCUUCUUGGAGCGAGCAGAUGCAACCUCUUGUCUCACAUGUUGGCAACGUAUCAGACCACUCUGCUUUAUUUUUGGGAGAAAACCUCUCACACCAUGGCAGCCAUCCACGAGAGCUUCAGAGGUUAUCAACCCUAUGAAUUCACUACAUUAAAGAGUUUACAAGACCCUAUGAAAAAACUCAUUGAGAAAGAAGAAAGGAAAAAGAUCGCCCGUCAGGAAAGUACAGAAGCAGCAGCUGAGGAGCCAAAUCAGUUAAUUUCAUUAGCUGAUGAAAACCAGAGCAUGGAAUCCUCGACCAUUUACCCAUGUUGUUUACAGCUGAAAGGGGAAAAGUAUUUAUCUGCUGUAGACAAAAACUCUACACAUAAUGCAUGCUCAGGACGAGUGGAUGAGCUACUAGACAUGAAACCGGGGGAUGCUGCGUGCCUGAGCCCCACGGCCGGGGCAGUGGAACCAGAAGGUGCUGACAAAGACGACCUGCUGCUGCUGAGCGAGAUCUUCAACGCCUCUGCUCUGGAUGAGGGCGAGUUUAGCCAAGAGUGGGCUGCUGUCUUUGGAGACAGCCGGCUGAGAGAGCCAGCUCCCGCUGCGGCCCCCGAAGAACCGGAGCCCAAGACCCAGGCGGGGGCGGGCUUCCUCCCUUCCCAGCUGCUGGACCAAAACAUGAAAGACCUGCAGGCCUCCCUUCAAGAGCCUGCCAAGGCUGCCUCGGACCUGACCGCCUGGUUCAGCCUCUUUGCUGACCUCGACCCUUUAUCGAACCCUGAUGCUGUUGGGAAAACUGAUAAAGAACACGAAUUGCUCAAUGCAUGAGUCUGCAGCCUUUGGGUGGGGACACACCUGCCCCCCUUCAGCAACACCGUGGUGGUGGUGGUGGGGGUAGCACAAGUAUGAAGUGAUCAGAAUACUGUUUUAACAUGGACGUGCCAUUUCAAUAAAGGGUGAGAGGCCCUGUUUAUAUUGGUAUAAUUAUUUACUAUUGUUUGGUAUAAAGGGUUUUAGUAUGUUGUCCUGUUGAUCUUAACAAUACUGGAUUGUCUGGGGAUGGUUUCCCAGCAGGCCACUCUCUGGCCGACCCCCUCGCCCACCCCUACCGUGGCUGCUGAUGGUCCCUGGCCUCCUGGGAGAGCCACAUUCAAACCAUAAAUCUGUUUGUAACCAUAGGUUUAAGGGACUAAUCACAGCCUCUGGCAGCAAGAGGCUAACACCUUAAAUGUUCUCCCCUGCCCCUCUUAGAGGGGCUGCAGGGCAGCCCCCUUCCUCCUGUCAUGUCACCUUCCAGCAGUCCAGCUAAAGAACGCACACACACACUGGCUGUCUGCAUCACCUGGGCCCUCUCGGCAAUGGAAAGCAGCCACAUUUGCCAAGAUCAGCGACUCCCCUUGACCCUCUGAGGCUGGAAUCCAGGGCACGCUUUCCCAGAGCCCCGUGUGAGGUCAUCUUUGUUUUGUUUUUUUAAUUAAACGAGAAAUAUUUUACACGAAAA